CUCCGCCCCGCCGCCGUGUUUCGGUUUCGUUUCCGAUGGCUCAGAGCCGGCUCCGCUCCCCGCAGCGCCUUUCUGUCCCCGGCACUGCCUGCUCGGCGCCGCCGAGGCCUUGCGCGGCCAGCAGCAGGUACGUGUGGAGCUUGGGGUGGCGGGGGCUGGGGCCGGGAGCCCUGCGGGAGGCGGUGCCGCCCCUCCGGCUCCCGGUGCCGCCGCUCCAGCUCCCGGUGCCGCCGCAGGCACCCUUCCGCCUUGUGAAGCGCAGCACGAUUGGGGAAGCGUCCGGGGCCCAGGACACCUUUGGCCACGGCCCGGACUUCUGGUACUACCCGAGCCAGCUGGAGGAGUCCAAUGAGGAGGAGGAAGAAGAGGUGGAGGAUUAUGAAAAGGAGGAGGAAUGGAUUGGCUUCAAUCAGCAGUGGGAUGUGUCCAGCGAGGACAGCGAGCCCCCCUACAACUUCUGUGGGUUCAAGAAGUCCUUCUUGUGUGAGGAGCCUCUGCCCACUCGUCCGCUUCCGAGCGCUCUUGAGGUGAAGAUGCACAGGCUGCCUGCGCCCUGGAAGCACCAGCUUACAGCCGAGGAAGCAGAGAGGAACGCACAGGAGCUGGUAGCGGAGGAGGAGCGGAUGAAGAAGAAGGCGGAGAAGAAGAAGCUGAAGAAGAAGAAGCAGAAAGACCGGAAGAAACGAGAGAAAUUGGGACAAGAGCUGAAAAGCAAGCAGGAGGCUGAGUCGAGCACCUCAUCCCUGAGCAGCACUGUGGGUACUGGGCACCCCCAAAACAGCAAUGCUGAAGAGCAGGAGGGCUUGCUGGACUCCAGCCCCUCGCCAUGCCUCGGGGACGGCACAGCCUCUUUGGGAGAGGAGGAAGGAGGCCAGGAGACAGGGGGUGAAGAGAUGGAGGAUGAGCUGGACCUGAGCUGCACCUUCGUCUUCAAAGCCCGGCAGAAAGCGGGCGUGAGGCUGCCGGCACCUGGGAAGGAGAAGCCAGCUAAGAUGAAUGAUGCUGAGCUAGGCAAGAGGGUGCCAGAGAAGGUGAGUUCAAGCCCACAGGACCCUGGGGAGGGACCUGCUUGUCCUGCAGCACCCAAGCUCUUGCUGCCCUGCCUGCCUGCACUACAGGUGCCUGAGCCAGAGCCUGUAGCCCUGGACACGAGUGUGGUGGAGCAGAGCCUGAUUCUCGCAGGCCAUGGCAAUGAAGCUGCCCAGAAGGGCCGCUACGCCGAGGCAGUGCAGGCCUUCACGGAGGCUGUGAAGCUGAACCCCAGGGAGCACCGGCUCUUUGGGAACCGCUCAUAUUGCUAUGAGAAGCUUCAGCGCUACGAGGAGGCCCUGAAAGAUGCAGAGAUGUCGCUGGGGCUGCAGCCCGGGUGGCCCAAAGGCUUCUUCCGCAAGGGCAAGGCGCUGCGGGGGCUGAAGCGCUAUGCCGAGGCUGCCAGAACUUUUGAGGAGCUGCUGCGUCUGGACGGUACCAAUGCCGAGGCGUCUGCCCAGCUGGAGGCCUGCCGGGCCCUGCUGCGGCAGACCAGUCCUCGUGGCCAGAGCAGCCCGGGGGGGCUCCCUGUGUCCCCGUCCCUGCUGGAGGCUGGGGAGCCACCACUGCCUGCCUCUGCAGAGGCAUGGGCGAGUGGGAACUGCUGGGACACAGACACAAGUGGCUUCGUGACCGUUGUGAGCUCCAGGAGCCAGACGAGAGCCCAGGGCCGGGCCACAGGCAGUAGCCAGCAGACACUGCCUCCAACCCAUCCUGCCAGGGACUGCUAUCCCCUCUGGGUGGGGAACAUCACCUCCAGGAUCAGCAGGAAGGUGCUGCACAGCUCUUUCAGCCCGUUUGGGGAGAUCCACUCCAUCCGGAUGCUGCCAGAGAGACGUUGUGCCUUCAUCAACUACACAAAGAAGGUGGCAGCGGAAGCAGCCUACAUAGCCAAGCAGGAUACCGAGGUGGAGGGAAGCAGGCUGGUGCUGCAGCUGAAGCACCCCUCCCAUGCCACCCCACCCCCCCGCUGGCACUCGGAGCCCCGUGGCAAAGUGGGCACCCUCCCUGGGGGGCUCCUGUAGCCAGGGGGUGUCCCCAGACCGCAGUGGAGCCUGGCCCUGCGUGGUGCCUUCCUGUGCUGCUGGCACACCGCAGAGGAGCUGGGCCCGCUGGACGGCCAUGGUGGGACAGCGUGGUCCCCUGCCCAGGAGCCAGCACAGUGCCUGCCACGCACAGAGCCCUCCUGGCAUGGAGCCGUGGAGGCAUCGGCCACUGCGGGCAUUUGCCCCCAACCUGAGGAGCCUGCUGGUUCCUGCCUAACCCUAGGGCCUGCCUGCUCUGCCCCCCUCCCCGGGGGCCUGGAACAUGAUCAGCAGCUCCUGGCCACACGCUGGGCUUUGGUGCCCAGCAAGGAAGGAGCUGAGGAGGUGCCUUCUACUGGGGUGGGGGGCUGGCAGUGGCACCCCUGCUCCCCCCAGCACCAUGGCUCCUGGGGGCUCUGCAGAGGGCUAAGCCUGCCUUAGCCCUGCCUGUGCCUUUUCCCUGGGGGACCUGUCCCCCCUCCUGCCCCCUCUGUGGGCAGGGGUCUCCCCCCCCUCCUGGUGCCUGAAGUGGCUGUGCCUUGUGGGGCUUCCUCUGGCGGGGUGGGCUGUGCUGUUUCCCCCCAGCCCGUACCCUCCUGUGGGUGCAGGGAUCGCCUUCCCGGGGGCACACUGGAAGCCCCUGCUCCUGGGGCUGGAGGCCAGGGUGGGUCAGUGCCCACCCUGGAGCUCCUUGUGCUGGUGCCAGGGAGAGCGUUCUGCGGGUGGUGGGACAGGGCUGUGCCUGGGGACAGCCCUUACCCUCUGCCCCUUCAGGGAUUUUGUACCCAAUUUGGGUUUUCUUAAUAAAAUCGAGCCAGCAGAA